CACUACACCUCAUCCUGGGGGCGGGGCGGCGACAGGCCUGGGGCUGCGCGGGUCCGGGCGGGUGCCGAGCCAGGCGGUCGGGGCUUUGCUCGGCGGGUUGCAAAGGAUCAAGCCGGCCUUGUGGAGCGUAAGAGCUUAGGGACUUGAAAGAGGGUGGUUCCUGAGGGAGGAUCUGCGUCCGCCACGAAAGCCCCGGGGACGGGGACGAGGUUGGAGGUGUGUAUCUCUCAGCACUGCGGCUCACGAGGAAGGCAGCAGCUUCUCAGCUUUGAAAAGGUCCCAAUGGCUGCCAAAUCCCAGCCCGGCACUCCUAAAACCAAGAGUCUUGGCGGUGUCAGCAAUGGCAGUGCUGCCACUCAGGGGCAGUGGGGCCGUGCCUGGGAGGUGGACUGGUUUUCCUUGGCGAGCAUCAUCUUCCUGCUGCUGUGCGCCCCCUUCAUCGUCUACUACUUCAUCAUGGCCUGCGACCAGUACGGCUGCUCCCUGACCGCCCCCCUGGGCGACAUCGCCACCGGGCGGGCGCGACUCUCCGACAUCUGGGCCAAGACGCCACCUGUGACAAGGACCGCGGCCCAGCUCUACACGGCGUGGGUCACGUUCCAGGUGCUCCUGUACAUGCUGCUCCCUGACUUCUGCCAUAAGUUUCUGCCGGGCUACGUGGGCGGCGUGCAGGAGGGCGCCGUGACUCCCGCAGGAGUGGUCAACAAGUAUCAGAUCAACGGCCUGCAGGCCUGGCUCAUCACCCACCUGCUGUGGCUCGCUAACUCCCACGUCCUCUCCUGGUUCUCCCCCACCAUCAUCUUCGACAACUGGAUCCCGCUGCUGUGGUGCGCCAACAUCCUGGGCUACGCCGUCUCCACCUUCGCCAUGAUCAAGGGCUACUGCUUCCCCACCGACGCCCGAGACUGCAAGUUCACGGGCAAUUUCUUCUACAACUACAUGAUGGGCAUUGAGUUCAACCCCCGCAUCGGGAAGUGGUUUGACUUCAAGCUCUUCUUCAAUGGGCGCCCCGGAAUCGUCGCCUGGACCCUCAUCAACCUGUCCUUCGCGGCCAAGCAGCAGCAGCUCCACGGCCACGUCACCAACUCCAUGGUCUUGGUCAACGUCCUGCAGGCCAUCUAUGUGCUGGACUUCUUCUGGAACGAGACCUGGUACCUGAAAACCAUUGACAUCUGCCACGACCACUUCGGGUGGUACCUGGGCUGGGGGGACUGCGUCUGGCUGCCGUACCUCUAUACGCUGCAGGGUCUGUACCUGGUUUACCACCCCGUGCAGCUGUCCACCCCCUACGCCGUGGGCGUCCUGCUGAUGGGCCUGCUGGGCUACUACAUCUUCCGGAUGGCCAACCAUCAGAAGGACCUGUUUCGUCGCACGGACGGGCGCUGCCUGAUCUGGGGCCGGAAGCCCCAGGUCAUCGAGUGUUCCUACACGUCGGCUGACGGCCAGAAGCACCACAGCAAGCUGCUGGUGUCCGGCUUCUGGGGCGUGGCCCGCCACUUCAACUACACGGGCGACCUGCUGGGCAGCCUGGCGUACUGCCUGGCCUGCGGCGGCGGCCACCUGCUGCCCUACUUCUACAUCAUCUACAUGGGCAUCCUGCUGACCCACCGCUGCCUGCGGGACGAGCACCGCUGUGCCAACAAGUACGGCCGGGACUGGGAGCGCUACACGGCCGCCGUGCCUUACCGCCUGCUGCCCGGCAUCUUCUGAAGGGCCGGAGGGAGGCGCCCCGGGGCCGGGGCUGCUGGGGGCCUCCCGGCUCCGCCCUCCAGGAGCCUCAGUGUCCUUCCUCUGCCACGGGGAGAGCCCAGCCCUGGUCCUGAGGGUCGAGACACCACUGCCUUGUCACCAGCAGAAGGGACCGGUUUUCUGCGCCGUGUCCCCCGCGCGGGACGGUGGCCCGGUCCCCUGGGAUGGCCCGGUGUGCCUGGCAUGCCACUGACUUCUUCUCUGUCUGGGGGCCUGAGCCCUCCGCCACCCAGACAGCAGGUGUCUCACGGAAGGGGACGCCCGCCAGCCCCAGGUCAGUCCUGUCCUGGCCUCUUGCUGAAUAAAGUGGAGGUGGGCACACGA